AUGCAACAACAGCAGCAGCCACAAGGGAAGCAGCAAGAGCAUCAGCUUCACAUGAAGCAGCAGCACCCACAAGAGCAACAGCUGCAGCAGCCACAGGCGCAACAGCCAGGGCGGCAGGAGCCACUGGUGCAGCAGCAGCUGCUGCACUCAGUUGCUGAUGGCCUGCCGCUGUCUUUUAUCAGUUCUGCAUCGCAAGAAGGGCAGUACCCCAGCGGGGACCUGCAGCAGCAAUCGCAGCAACAACAGCAGCACGAGCAGCAGAAGCAGCAGCAUUCUAACAGGGUCACUGACGCCUUUCAGGUCAAGGCUGAGAGUGGAAUGGAGGACGGCGGCGCUGCCGACUCCACAGGCAGCAAACGCAGCCGCUGCAGCAGCAGCAGCAGCAGCAGCAUUUCCUGCAAGGAGUGCCAAGGCCUCUACUUUCACCCUCCGAAGUUCGUUGCGCCUCCUGCACAGAGCCAAGAGGAGCUGCUGCUGCCCCCGCCUCCACCGCAGCUUCGCUGGGACCUCUUGAAGCAGGCUGAGGCCCUUCGGCAUCACUGCAUCAUCCCCAGCAGUAGCAGCAGCUACAGCAGAAGCAACAGUGGCAAGGCUGCUUGGUGGUCUGCUGCAGCACAGAGGGAGUUGUUCUUAUGCCCUUAUGAUGCUGCGGGCUUCCCUCGCGAACUCAACGGCCUCCCCACGAAGAGAAAGCUGGCAGAAAGAGGCGCCGUGUCUGUCGACUUAGGAGCCCAAGUACACAGAUAUGACCAGCAGCAGCAGCAAGAGCAGCAGCAGCAGCAACAGAAACAGCAGCCGCAGGAGCAGCAGCAGCACCGGCUAAAACUCCAAAAGCAGCAAGAAGCAGGCUCCACGAAGCACGAACCCCCCACGGAUCCCGAUACCACUAGCACCGGCACUAACGCCCAUAACAGCGCAGACAUUAACAGCAGCAACAGCAGCAACAGCAGCAACAGCAGCAGCAGCACGGGGCCGUGUGGCCGUUGCAGUGGCUUAAAGCUAAGGUUCGACCUGCCUCGAGCUGCACCCAAUCCCCCCUUGCCAGAGCCUGCCCGCAGGGGGCCUCUAAUAGGUAGAGCCUUGCGCCGCCUCCGGCAGCAGCAGCAACAGCAGCAGCGGGGCCAUGCUUCAGACGAUAGCAGCGCGAGCAGCGGGAGCGACAUUGCUGCUGACGAGCUGCUGCCAGAUGCCUAUCUCAGUUUAGGGGGGCGGCCCCGCCCCUGCAGGGCCUCGCACAUGGAAGCAGAUUGGCUAAUGAGGCUGCAAGACCCCCCCCAAGGCAUUGAGGGUCUUGACAUAUUUGCUGCUGCUGCUGCUGCUGCCGUUGCACCUGCUGCCCUUCUGACUCCGCUAGUGAACCACGCUGCCUUAGAAGCGCUCCUCAACUCUACCAGCCCCCCCACUAAGGCUUGCAACCGAGGCAGCAGCGGCAGCAAGUGCAGCAGCAGCACCACCGCCAACGCCAGCAGCAGCACCAACAACACCACCAGCAGCAACAACAACACCAACAGCAGCAGCCCCGACUGCAACCACAGCAGCAACUGCAGCAGCAGCAGCCUUGAUGAUCUAGAAAGCAUCCUUGACCAUGAGGCCGCUUACCGGCCCCCAACCUACCUCGAACGCAUUGCGGCCUUUGCGCAUGCAAGGGCUCUGACAGCUCCCGCGCUGCGCCUGUCGCUGCCGCAGCAGCAGCAGCAACAGCAGCAGCACUGCGAACAGAGGCAGCCGCUGCCGCUGCUUGCGGCCCUCAUCUCGCGCAGCAUCAUGCGGCAUGGGUCGGAGGGAGGAGCGGCAGCUUCCGCUGCAGCAGGAGCAGCAUCAGCAGCAGAGGGCCUCCGCCUACGCCGGAAGGGCUUCAGGCCGCUGCAGGGCGAAGCUUCUCAUUUGGAUUACCGUCUGCUGCGGAAGGCCUUGCGUUGCUUCGGGCGCAACAAGUGUGCCCUUAGCAGAAGCAGCAGCAGCAGCAGCAGCAGGGCGUUUGCUGACUUCACUGCCGUCAAGGCGAGACUCGAGGGCCUUGCUUGCGGAGAUAUUCCCUUCGACCCAGAUGGCUUAUGGCUGAAGACGCAGCAGCAGCAACAGCAACAUCAACAUAGGCAGCAGCAGCAGCAGCAGACGCUGGAUGGCUUUGGCAGCUCGGAUAGCUCUGCACUUCCCCUAAUGCACGCCGCGAUGCGGCGGGUGCGGCUGUCGGCGAAGUACAGACACCCGAGUGUCCGCAUCAGCAGCAGCAGCAGCAGCAGCAUCAGCAGCGGGAGCGGGAGGGCGCAGGGGAUAAACUUUUGGCAGAGAGCUUCUGUAGGUGUUGGCUGUGGGGUGGUGCUGGCAACGCAUGCUGCUUCUUCAGGUGCUUAUUAUUUUGAGGUGAUCGUGGGUCCUGUGCCCAGCGAGCAGCAGCAGCAGCAGGUGAUGCAGCAGAGCCAGCGAGGUCUGCCGCCUCAGGAGGAAGAGCAGCAGCAGCAGCAGCAGCUAGAGGCCUCUUCGCAGUGCGAUCUCCGUGUGGGGUGGAGCACAAGGCGGCAUCCCCCAGCAGCGCCUUUGGGUGCUACCCCUUACUCUGCAGCCCUCACACUCCGAGGUGCGGCGGCCUGGGCUGGGUUGGAGCUGCCUUGCUUCUACCCUCCGUUGAAGGAAGGGGAUGUCGUCGGCUGCUGCAUUCGUCUACUGCAGGAGCCGCAGCAGCAGCAGCAACAGCAGCAGCAGGAAGCGCAGCGGCAACAACACGAAAAACAGGCAUUCGGGGGUGCAGCUGCGGCAGGAGUAGCAGCAGCAGGAAGAGCAGCAACAGCAGAAACAACAACAACAGCAGCAGCAGCAUCAACAGCAGCAAGAGCAGCAGCAGGUACCGGGUGUGGUGAUGCGUACCGUGUAUCGAGUUGGAUGGAUGCAGAUCGUUUGGCUCAGGGGUUCCACCGCAGCGCGGCGGGUUUGAGUGACAGCAGUAGCAGCAACAGCAACAGCAACAUCAGCAGCAGCAGGGAGGAGGCUGCAUGCGGGGGGUUGCGUUUUGCAGGUUUGGGUUCUUAUGUGGAGUUUACUGUAAACGGUGUGUCUUCAGGGGUGUGCGCUUUUGGGGCAGCAACAGCAGCAAGCAGCAGCUGCUGCGGCCUCCUUGCUGAUGAGUACUUUCCGGCUGUCUCGCUUAUGGGGGGCGGCAGCUGCGCAGUGAACUUCGGCCCCUCUUUCUGCUUUCCCCCGCCUGCUGCUGCAUCGCCCUACCAACCUGCUUGUUUGCUGCCGCUGCCGCGAGCAGCGCCACUCACCUGUGAUGUAUACAGCUGCCUUCUGCUGCAGCACCAACUUGUAGCGGACCCCCAGCGCCUCCUCCUCAGACCCCGUACCCUCGCAGACGUCGUCCAGCAACGCGUACUCGGAGACAACAAACAGCAACAACAGCGCCAGCAGCAACAGCAGCAGCGGCAGCAGCAGGAUGGGACCCUACACAAUCCCCCACUAAAACGAGAAGUUUCGAACUGCGUAGAUCGCAGCAACGAAGCACCGCUAGCAAGCAGCCCAAACCCGCUGAAACCUGAAGCGCCACACAAGGUAUCCACUGAAGCACACCAGCAGCAGCAGCAGCGGGGGGAAGAACCAGACCAACAGGAUGCAAAAUCCGAGGGCCCUGCCUCUCAGUGCGAUAUCAUUAGCAGUAGCAGCAGCAACAGCUGCUUCUCUACGAACGACUCAAGCAACAGCAGCAGCAGCAGCGCGAUGGAUGCGUUGGACUCGGCAGAGGCGGCAAUGCUCCGCACUGCCGACGCUCUGCUGCGGUCCCCUGAGGAGGUCAGACAGCUGCGGAAGGGCCUGCAGCGGCAGCAACAACAACAGCAGCUGCUGCAGUCAAUCCACCGCUGCGCGUUUCAAGCUCAACUUAGAAGCUGCAGCGCAGUGCUCGAGGAAGCAGCAAGACAUUGGCGAGUCCGCCGGGCCCACCGCGUCCGCAGGAAGAUGCCUUGGGUCCGGCACAGAAGCAACCUGCGCAGCAGCAGCAGCAGCAGCACCAACAGCAGCAGCGGCAGCAGCAGUGACAACAGCAGUGAUGAAGCCGCCUGCGGUUUUUCGUCGCGAGAAGCAGGUGAAACAAGUGAGGCUAGAAGCUUUGGCCAGCAGCAGCCCCAAAAAGAGGUUAUACCUGCAGUAGCAGCAACUGCUGCUGCUGCAAGUCCAGUAAAAACGGAUUCGUCGUUGGCUUCAGGAUCAGUGCCUUCGAAGGAGGGCGGGAAGUGCAACACCAACACCGUUAGCGCCAGCAACAUUAGCAGCGACAGCAACAGCAGCAGCAGCAGCAGCGGCACUCCUUAUGUAGACUUCAAGCACCCGUGCAGCGUCCUGUUCUCAUUUCUACUGCCCACACUGCGGGGCCUUCAUCCCCCCGCACCACUACGGCUGUCAGGGCCCUCCAUAGGGGGAGGGGAGGCAGCAGCAGCGGCAGCACCAACAGCAGCCGCAACAGCAGCAGCAGAAGCCGCCGCAGCUUGGAGGCGCUUUGUGUUUCUCUUCUGGUUGGUUGUGGCGCCCCUUGAUAGUCAGCGGCGGCCCCUCAGCCCUGCAGUGUUUGUUAACAAUGAUGCGGUGGCUGCCCACCGCAAGACCAGGCCCUCUGCAGCGGUGCGUGCUGCUGCUGCUCCUGCUGCUGCUGCUCUUCCAGGCCCUGUUGGAGCAGUCCCUGCUGCCGGAUCGGAUGCUGCAGCAGCGGCAGCAGCCGCGGGGGCCAAGGGCAGCUCUCAGCCUGCAGGUCGCUGCGGCCGCUCUGGCAGGGGACCCUCACGGCGCAAAGGAGGCGUUGGUGGCGGUGCAGCUCGGGGCACAGCAGCAGCAGCAGCAAGUGCUGCAGCUGCUGCUGUGCCUUACGAAACGGUGCAGGUGGGGCAGCUCAUGCUGCAAGUUCCGCAGGGCUCGCUGGCAGACUGGGCUGAUGAGGAGGCCCCGCCUGAGCCAGAGGCCGCCAUAGAAGUUCUAAAAGGGAAGCGAAUAGCGCCGGGAGGCGUCAGCAGCAGCGCUGCUGCUGCUCCUAGUGCUGCUGCGGAAGACGACGUGGGCGCGCUGGCGGCGGCCCUCGUGGAGCCGCUGCCGCUGCCUGUUGUGCUGCAGCGGCGCAUCGGGGUGAAGCCGCGGCAGCUGCUGGAGGCGCUUGGCUGCAGGUUUCGUGUGGUAUCGCUCGAGCUGGCGGGAAGCCACGCAGCAAUUGCAGGGGUUAGGUGUAUCUACACUGCAGUCGUGCGGCUGCGGCAGCUGCAGGCGAAGGCCCAAGCAGCAGAGGAGGAAGCAGCAAAAGACGUGGCCUGUGAGUUUUGGCUGGAACAGCACUGCGGCGCCCUUUGCGGCUUCUAA